CUGGGGACAGUGGGUGCAGAUCUAUUUCCGGGUUGGCAAAAGGGGCGGCGGCGGCGAGAAAGGGAGCUUGCCGGGGGGCGAGCAGGACGGGACGGAGCCGGAGCGGAGGUGGCGGAGGAUUCGCUCCCGGAGCCGCUGUGCCCAGGUAUAUGAGUGACCUAAAGCUGCAGAUUAAAAAGGAAAGAGAGCAGUGCCAACUGCAAACAGGGCAAGGAUGCCAAUUCCUCCUCCCCCUCCACCACCCCCCGGUCCUCCUCCACCUCCCACUUCUAAUCAGGCCAACACUGAGCUGCCCAAGCUGAGUAGAGAUGAGCAGCGGGGUCGAGGUGCUCUCUUACAGGACAUCUGCAAAGGGACCAAGCUGAAGAAGGUGACCAACAUUAAUGAUCGGAGUGCUCCCAUCCUCGAGAAACCCAAAGGAAGCAGUGGUGGUUUUGGCUCUGGAGCAGCUGCCCUGCAGCCCAAGGGAGGUCUCUUCCAAGGAGGAGUGCCAAAGCUCCGCCCUGUGGGAGCCAAGGACGGCUCAGAGAACCUAGCCGGCAAGCCAGCCCUACAAGUCCCCAGUUCUCGAGCUGUUGCCCCAAGGCCUCCGGGGUCUACAGCCAGCGGGCGCCCUCAGGAUGAUACAGACAGCAACCGAGCCUCACUCCCAGAACUGCCCCGGACGCAGAGACCCUCGUUACCGGACCUCUCUCGGCCUAACACCACCAGCAGUUCGGGCAUGAAGCACAGCUCCUCCGCCCCUCCUCCGCCUCCCCCGGGGCGGCGUGCCAACGCCCCCCCUACGCCUCUGCCUGUGCACAGCAGCAAAGCCGCAGCCUACAACAGAGAGAAGCCCCUGCCACCCACACCUGGACAGAGGCUUCACCUCGGUCGAGAGGGACCUCCCGCUCCACCCCCAGUCAAGCCGCCUCCUUCCCCUGUGAAUGUCAGAACGGGACCAGGCGGCCAGUCUCCAGCUCCUCCGCCGCCGCCGUACCGCCAGCCUCCCGGGGUCCCCAAUGGACCCUCCAGUCCCACUAACGAGUCAGCCCCUGAGCUGCCACAGAGACACAAUUCUUUGCAUAGGAAGACGCCAGGGCCUGUCAGAGGCCUAGCGCCUCCUCCACCCACCUCAGCCUCCCCUUCUUUGCAGAGUAAUAGGCCACCUCCCCCAGCCCGAGACCCUCCCAGUCGGGGAGCAGCUCCUCCACCCCCGCCACCCAUGAUCCGAAAUGGUGCCAGGGAUGCCCCCCCUCCCCCACCACCGUACCGAAUGCAUGGGUCAGAACCCCUGAGCCGAGGAAGGCCCCCACCUCCGCCCUCAAGGACGCCAGCUGGGCCCCCCCCGCCGCCUCCACCACCCCUGAGGAAUGGCCACAGAGAUUCUAUUACCACUGUCCGAUCUUUCUUGGAUGAUUUUGAGUCCAAGUAUUCUUUCCAUCCAGUAGAAGACUUUCCUGCUCCAGAAGAAUAUAAACACUUUCAGAGAAUAUAUCCCAGCAAAACAAACCGAGCUGCCCGUGGAGCCCCACCUCUGCCACCCAUUCUCAGGUGAAGCCUCGCUUGGUCCUGUUCCUCAGGAAAAGGAUGGACCCUCUCCUCUUCUCAGAUGGUCCCUUCCAUUCUCCCUGAAACCUGCAUGACAGCUCCUA